AUGGAAAUGAGACGCACACUCCCAGUCGACCUAGGUGCUGUAUCUGACAUGGUACAUGAUUUGGAGUGGGUAAAAGAUACGCUGUCGAUAAAACAACUUCCCACACCGUUCGAGCAGCAGCCGGAAGUCAAUCCGUCAUCGAAGAGACUACACCCUUACCACGCCCUCAAACACAUCUUCUCUACCAUCGAGCACGGAAGUAUCAUAAUCCUCGAUGGCAGCGAAGCGGCCCUCUGGGCCGUGGAGGUUCUAUCCCUCUGUUCACCUAGCGCAGUGAUCAAGUCAACUGGAAACUUAGGGUUCCUCGGCAACGGCUUCGGAUACGAAUUGGGAGCAGCCAUCGCGGCGCCGGACCGCAAGCGGUUUGAUCUUGAUAUCAUGACUAUCGUCGUGAACAAUUACUGCUGGGGUAUGAGCUCGAAUGGGCAGGAGUUGGUGUAUGGGGAGGAGAAUCCGGCACGACCUAUCAGUUCGCUCAGCCCUUUGCUGGAAUAUGACGUUGUGGCGAAGGGAAUGGAGAAUGCGAGCGCGAAGUUGGAGAAGAUUGAGGAUAUUGAGGGUGUGAUUAGGAAGAUGUGGGAGGUGAAGGGGCCUCGUUGUAUCUAUUUGAUUGUUGAUGAUAAGCCGAUUCAUCCACUUACAGCUGCGAUGGUUGGGAAGACGAACGAUCCGAAUUUAGUCGUGGUGUCGCACUAUGAAAAUGUGCCCAGCGGCGGAUUGCACCAUACAUCCAAAAAUAUCUGUAGUUUAGUGUCAGUCUGUUAA